AAUUCAGAAAAGAAAUAGUAAUAAUAAUAGUAGUAGUAGUCAUAAGACGACCACAAGAAGAAGAAGAGGAGGAGGAGGAGGAGGAGGGGGAAAGAAGAAGAACGUCCUGAUUAUUUGUUUCUGGUAAUCCUUUCUCUCUCUGCCUUAGCUUGAAUCUAAGGCAGAGAGAUCUUUGCCUUAGAUAUACAUAUAAAUAGCACAAACAUGGCAUUUCAGGAUUUUGGCCAUUUGUCAGAACGGCGGCGAAUUGAAAGGCAACAAAGGUUCAAAAAGAGGAUUUACAUUGGUGCUGUUUCAGCGGUUGUGGUCAUUCUUCUAGUUGCUGUUGGGGUGUUUGCUGCCGUCACUAGAUCUGAUGAUCAUGGCAAUGAUAAUGGUAAUGGUAAUGGCCAAAAGACCGCAGCUGCAGUUAAACCUCAAAAGCAGGUGUCCCACAAUGACAAGGCCAUAAAAACCAUAUGUUCCGCUACAGAUUACAAGCAGACAUGCGAGAAUAGCCUCUCAAAGCUGUCACGCUCCAACAGUACAUUGUCUCAACCCAAAGAUCUACUCAAGGUUGCAAUUUCAGCUGCCUCCGAUGGACUCCAAAAGGCCUUUGGUAAAACCGUGACGUUCAAGUUUGACACUCCAGAAGAGAAAGAUGCUUAUGAAGAUUGUAAGGUACUGAUGCAGAAUGCCAAAGAAGAAUUAGAGGCUUCAAUAUCCCAAGUUUCUGCUUCAAACAAGCUCUCCUCAGUCACCCAAGAGUUGAACAAUUGGCUAAGUGCUGUCAUGUCUUACCAAGCGACCUGCAUUGAUGGGUUCCCUGAAGGACCAUUGAAAACCAAUAUGGAGAAAACUUUCAAGUCUGCAAAGGAACUCACCAGCAAUGCCCUGGCCAUUGUAUCGAAGGUUACUUCAAUCCUUUCAUCAUUCGACUUAACAGGUGCCAACCGUCACCUUCUAGCACAGGAAUCCAGUGGGCCGUCUUUGGCCAACAACGGCCUUCCUAUCUGGAUGACCCGAGAGGAUCGCAGGGUGUUGAAGCCUAAGGAAUCCAAUCUCACACCCAAUGCGGUUGUGGCAAAGGAUGGCAGUGGAAAUUUCACUACCAUUUCUGCUGCACUUGCAGCCAUGCCACCCAAAUACCCAGGACGGUAUGUAAUUUACGUUAAAGAAGGAGUUUAUGACGAGACCGUGACAGUGGAAAGGAAGAUGCAGAAUGUCACCAUGUAUGGUGAAGGAUCAAGGAAGACAAUCGUCACAGGAAACAAAAAUUUCGUAGAUGGGGUUAGGACUUUCCAAACGGCAAGUUUCGUGGCUCUAGGAGAUGGUUUCGUGGCUGUUUCCAUGGGAUUCAGAAACACAGCGGGGCCAGAAAAGCAUCAGGCAGUGGCUAUCAGAGUCCAAUCGGAUCGCUCAAUUUUCCUCAACUGCCGUAUGGACGGGUACCAAGACACGGUCUAUGCACAAACCCAUCGCCAGUUUUUCCGGGGCUGUGUCAUCACUGGCACCAUUGACUUCAUAUUCGGAGACGCUUCAGCCAUCUUUCAGAACUGCUUGAUCACCGUCAGGAAGCCCUUGGACAACCAACAAAACAUCGUCACAGCCCAGGGAAGGACAGACAAACGUGAAACCACCGGAAUUGUGCUGCAGAACUGCCGCAUAUUGCCAGACCAGGACUUGAUCCCGACGAAGACCCAGGUCAAGAGUUACCUUGGGAGACCCUGGAAGGAGUUCUCCAGAACCAUUGUGAUGGAAUCAACCAUUGAGGAUCUCAUACAACCCCAGGGAUGGUUACCUUGGGAAGGCAACUUUGCCCUCUCCACCCUCUACUACGCUGAAUACAACAACAAAGGACCUGGUGCUGCACUCAGCGCCAGGGUGAAGUGGCCUGGUUACAAGGUCAUUGAAAAAGAGGAGGCCGUGAAAUACACAGUGGGGCCUUUCAUACAAGGGGAUGAUUGGUUGAAGGCCGACUAUGGCAUUAGCCUUCCUGUUCAUUUCGGCUUAUAUUAACUAAUCUUGCUCAAGUUGAUUGAGUACCAAUUUUAGAAUUAAGUGUGGUGGAGAGGCAGAAUGAAAUGAUUUUUUCAGCAGC